CAGCGGACACCUCUAUCUCAGAAAAGAUAUUAAAUGUGAUUGAAUUGAAUAAAAUAAUAACGCCCAUAUUAUAACUAUCUUGACGCUGUAAUACUAAUUUAUUUAUUUUUUUUGCAUUAGUAUCGAAUAAAAAGUCUAGGCCACAAUGGCGCUAUCCUGUAUUUUUUGUUCAACUAUGGGAUUCAUCUUCUUAGCAAUUGCGUGUCUUGUUAUAUCUUCGGAUUACUGUGUUCAGGCAAGUGAAAAUGAGGCAGAAAGCAUUAGUAAAAUUGGACAAGGUGUAGGACACAUUAUGAACAUUUAUUAUUGUUACUCAUGUGGUUACAGAAAAGUUUUUGAAGAUUAUGCAGGCAUAAUACAGCAAAAGUAUCCUGAAAUCUCUGUGAUUGGUGCAAAUUAUGAUCCUCCGGGUUUAAACAUGUAUCUCUCCAGAAUUAUUGGCUUUGGUAAAAUGAUAUUGAUUAUGUGCAUACUCAGUGGGGUCAACAUUUUUGCUUGGUUGAACAAACCUCAACCAGCAUGGUGGAGUUGGUGUUUGGAGAAUAAGCUGUAUGCGUGCAUGAUGAUGUUCUUUUUAGCUAAUAUGAUUGAAGGCCAACUGGUGUCAUCUGGAGCAUUUGAAAUAUCAUUAAAUAAUAUACCAUUGUGGUCAAAAUUGGAAACAGGAAGAAUCCCACAGCCACCAGAAUUGUUUCAAAUUAUUGAUAAUACUUUGCAAUUUUCAAAAAUAGAUAUGCCUAAUAAUUUUGUACAAUAAUAAGUUUAGGUGUUAUUUAAAAAGUAUAUGUGGAACUGUUAAUAAAUGUGGGAACCAUGGUUUAAGGAUUCUAGGUUGUUAAACAAAAUUUUAGUUUAUAUUAUAGUAAUUAUGUUGUCACAAGUUGCAUUUAAUCACAUCCUACUGUUCUCAAGAAUACACCGAACAACAUUUACUAGAAUAAUCUACACUUGUCCUAUGUUUUACAGUACAAACCACAUUAUUUUUCAUCAUCUUACAGAUACUAACAUAGGCAUAACAUUUCACAUUUUAUAAUUUUGUAGAUACUAA